GGUAGAGAGUGACGAGGAUACCGAGGCCCAAGCCUUCGACACAGUGGGUGGGCCGACCAUUUGUAGAAGUGGGAAUAGUCGCGUCAAAAUGUCCGCAAACGUAGACGCGGAAUGCUCCAAGACCAAUACAGUGGAAGACAGAUGCCGGAGAGGUGGGUGAUGAGGAGAGGAUCGGGCAGAGGCGCUCUCGCUACUGGCUAGAAUAAGACAUCCCGUCGUGGUGAUGACGGGGAGAUGGAGGACACGAAGGAACCGACAAGUGCGGCAGAGAUAAUAGACAGCGCUGAGAGAUGGGAUGGUGCUUGCGUCGCCACUUGUCGCAUGGGAGAUAUGCAAUUCCUGUAGGUUAGGCCAUGCAGCUCCUAUGCGUUGAAGAUCGGACUCGAGGAGGGGGAAUGCGACACCUCGAAAGUCGAGCACAACCAUGCGCAACUCCUGUUGCCGGAGAAGGGCGUCCGCAAGUGGUAGCCAUGAUGUGGGACUCCACACCAUCGGGUGUACUGCAGGAUGAACACCCGACGACUCCCUCUCCGGCGCAUUGCCGUCCGGGUGGGCAGCCUGCGGGUCGCCAUCUGGGUGGGUGAUCUGCAAGUCGCCGUCCAGGUGGGUAGGGAGGUUCACCGCACAAAACCAGCGAACGGUGAGACCAAAAAGCACCAUGUGCUGCACAACAAAGUGCGCCGUCGCUAGAGAGUCGAUGGAGGGAUGGGCUGCGCUGUACAGCGCUGUUGUGGUGGCCUGUGUGACGGGGAGCCAAACAACCGCAGUGCCUCCUGGGACCGAUGACCAACAGGACACAAACUUGUCGAUAUGCCCAGCGAUCGAGCCGUCGCUUGCUGCGUAGCAAAGCUUCGGGGCUCCCUGCCCGUGUGCCCUGUCGCUCCUGACCUCCCUAAGGUGUGUGAUCAUCGACUUUUGGAUGUUUUCACAGAUGUAUGGCGAAGGUGUGCGUGCGCCUGUACCGCCUGUACAUAGAAUGUACGUGUCUUCC